AUGUCGAAAACUUCGAGGACCAAAAAUGUCACCAGUACCAAAACGCGUCAAGACCUAGACAAAGAAGACUGGUAUCAUGGUGAGUAUUCUUGAUUUGAUUUUAUGUUUAUAUUUGAGUUUUUGGUGCUUUUAAACUUCGCUUUUUUUAAAUAGGACUUUUUAGCAAAAAAUUUGCUCUUUUGAAUUUUCUAUUUACAUUUUGUCCGAAUAUGUACUAAAAUUUGAUAAUAUAAUACUCAUAUUUUUAGGUAUGUUACCACGCGAAGACAUAGCCACACUUUUGAAAGACAACGGCCAGUUUCUUGUCCGACUAACCGAGCCCAAGCAAGGCCAAGGCAUGAGACUGGUCCUCUCAUGCCGCUGGAACACCCGCCUCUUCCAUCUGAUCAUAAACGAAGCCGACGGCCAUUUUUACAUUGAACAUUUCAAGUUCCAAAGUGUCUCCGAACUGGUCAAACACUAUCAGAAAACGAAGAAGCCGGUCACGGUGAAGAGCGGGGCCGUGUUGGAGAAGCCGGUCAUACGCCAAGACUGGGAACUGAAACAUGACCAGAUCGAGUUGGGCAAAAUGCUCGGCGAAGGCGCAUUCGGCGGAGUGUACAUGGGCAACUUCACAACCGGAGGGAAGGUCAUCAAAGUGGCGGUUAAGGUGCACAAAGGAAAAGAGUUAAGCAAGGAGAUGAUCAAGGAGAUGUGUAAGGAGGCCAGGAUCAUGAGGAGAUAUGACCAUCCAGUAAGGUUUUACUAUGUUUUUUGGGGUGAUUUUAGACAUUUUUAAAAAGUUUUGUUUUUGAGGGCGGGGUAAUUUUUUUAGAGGGAAGGGAUUCAAAAUCAAAAAAAUAUUUUAGGAUUUAGUAAUAUUAAGAUUUUUCAACUUUACAAAACUUAAAUUUUUAGAAUAUUGUCAAGUUUUACGGCGUGGCAAUGCACAAUGAGCCCCUAAUGUUAGUGAUGGAACUGGUGGAUAGCGGGUCAUUGGAUAAGUACCUCCAGAAGAACGCUGCCAAACUGACAACGCCUAUCAGAGUGAAGAUGGUCUUGGAUGCGGCUAAAGGCUUGGAAUAUUUGCACGAUAAGGGAUGUAUCCAUCGAGAUGUGGCAGCUCGGAAUUGUCUAGUCAGUGAGGGUAGGGUCAAGAUCAGCGACUUUGGAUUGUCAAAAGAGGCGUCAGUGCAGAAUACCAAAUACAAGUUGACUAAUUUGAAGCAGAAGUUGCCAAUCAGAUGGUGAGUAAUUGAAAAGUUGAAAUUUUUUAAUAAAAUUUUUUAGUUUGAAAUUUCGAAAAUUUUAAAAAAUUUUAAAGUAUUAAACUCUUUUUUUUCAGGUUGGCUCCAGAAACUCUGACCCUUCUCCAAUAUUCGAGUAAGUCCGAUGUGUUUAGCUUCGGCAUACUAAUGUGGGAGGUGUUUUCGGACGGCCAGGAUCCCUACCCCGGAAUGACAUUGGCUGAAGUGAAUAUGAAGGUCCGUGAAGGGUACCGUAUGCCACCGCCAGAAAGCAUGCCAUGUGCAUUGGGUGAUAUUAUGCAUAAAGGAUGCUUCCCCGCUGAACCUGAUGAACGAAUGUCCAUGAUGCAGGUGAGGAUUAGUUAUUGAAAAUUACAAAAAAAAAUUUAGCUUGGAAUUUAAAAAAUUUGACUUUUUAGUGUAAAUCAUACUGUAGGCUACUAAAACAUCAUGUUUAAAUAUUCAAAAAGUCAUUCUUAACCCUAUUUCUUAUAGAAAAAGUUUAUUUUUUAGUAAUAUUGAUAUUAUCCUAAUGACUACCCAUUUUCAGAUCCGAAAGCUCGUCGAGGAACAGACUGAAACCUCCGGUAAAAACUCGAAAAGUCGGUAUGACAAAGACAAGGACAAGGACAAAGAUAAGGAAAAGGAAGCCGACAAAGAAAAGGACAAGGAUGGCCAGGACCCCGGCACAGUCUCGAGAUACUGA